AUGGCCCCGAGCAGGAAGAUGUUUUAUUUUGUCUUGGCCUUUUUCCUCAUUCUGGCUCAAUUUCCACCAGGGUGCCGGGCAGGACUCGAGUACGUCCAGCCAUUUCCAGCGGGUGAGUUCGCUGUUUGCGAGCCGUGCAGGCUCGGGCGGGGCAAAUGCAGGAAGAUGUGCACCGAGGAGGAGAAGGUCAUUGGAAGCUGCAAGUUGAACUUUGUGUGUUGCCGGCGGAGGAUGGGGUGA